CUCAGCGCCAUGAACCAGCUGUGUCGUGUGUGUGGAGAGGCGGCCGCUGGCUUCCACUUCGGCGCCUUCACGUGCGAGGGAUGCAAGUCGUUCUUCGGGCGCACUUACAAUAACCUGUCAUCGCUGGGCCGCUGCAAGAAUGGCGGUCGCUGCGUCAUUACCAAGAAGAACAGGACGUCUUGCAAAGCCUGCCGCCUGCACCGCUGUCUGCUGGCCGGCAUGAGCAAGGCGGGCAGCAGGUACGGCAGGAGGUCCAACUGGUUCAAGAUACACUGCCUUCUGGAGGGGGAGAAGCGCCCCCUACCCCCUCCCUCCCCACCUCCCUCCCCCCUUCGCUCACCCCACCUCCGCGCCUCCCCAGAAUCAGUCACCUCCGAGGGCUCCGUGUUCACCCCUCCUCCGCCUCCUCCUCCUCCUCCUCUUCCCUAUUAA